AUGUCGCCUUCCACCAGUGCCGGCAUAUUCCAGACACACGAACUUAUAGAGAAUCAUAGCAUCUUGAUCCGAGAUGAAAUAUACGGAGAGGAACUGGUCCAUGAGCCAGUUCUCGUAGAGCUUCUCCAAAGCCCGGAAGUGCAGCGACUGCAAGGCAUUUCUCAACAUGGAGUCACUGGAUUCUUAGGCCUGACACCGCGAGUCACGCGACUCGAACAUUCGGUCGGCGCAUUUAUACUGGUCCGAAGAGUCGGUGCCACUAUCGAAGAACAAGUCGCUGCGCUUCUCCAUGACAUCUCUCAUACGACCCUCAGUCACGUCAUGGAUUACGCCCUCUCAAAGCCUGGGGAAGGAAGUUAUCAUGAAGUGCACAAGACACGUUACCUUGCGACGACGCGGCUACCGGAGAUCCUCGCCAGACACGGAAUCAGUCAGAGCGUUUUCGAAGAAGAAUUGUUCCCUCUGGUGGAGAUGCCAGCGCCUCAAUUGUGUGCCGAUCGCCUCGAUUACGCUUUACGCGACACAGUCAGCUUCAACGAGCUUUCCAUAGAAGACGCCAGAAAGGUUGUCAGCUCACUGAAGGCAUUUCCCAGUGCUACAGCGACCGGCCGUCUACUGGUUCUGGAUGAUCCUCAUGUAGCGCUGAUUCUUUCUCGCGCAUACAUCAAUGCCGACAAAGAGGUCUGGUCAAGUCCGGCCCACAUCGACAUAUAUCAGCGGACGGGCCAGGUAAUAGGCGAAUUGGUACAAGCAGGGUCUGUGGAUGAUAUGGUGUUGUGGCAAGUGUCCGACGAUGAAUUUUGGACCUUGCUACGUCAGGCAGCGAAUCCUGAGCAGCUUUGUGCUAUCAAUAGAUUGGAAGAGGAAAGGGUUCCAAAAGACAUUGGACUCCAACUGCCACAUUGCGCUAAAAUUCGCACUCUCGAUCCAGAUAUCUGGCAAGGUGGAGAAACGCAACCUUUACCAUUAUCAACAAUAAUGCCGACGUGGGGGAAAGAACGAGAGCAGUAUAUUCUCAGUCGUACUCAAAAUCGAUAA